AUGAAGAUGAAAGUAAAAGGCCAAGAAGUAGAAUCAUGGUUAUCUAAAAAUGGCAUCCCCCUGCAUAAUAUGCGGGUGAUCAUGGAAAAGGUACGACAAGAACUUGAAGAAAACUGGGAUAUUGAUGUGGUUCAGGAAAUCCUCUCUGUUCUUACCCCAAAAUAUAUCAAAAGUUGCACCCCGUUCAGAAGGCUGCAGAAGGUGCCACUACUUAAAGACAUGGACGAAGGAGUUUUGAGAGAAAUCUCUGAGAAGCUUAAGCCCAAGAAGUAUACUCCUGACCAAAUCAUUAUUAAGAAGGAUCAAACACUUGAAAUGAUGUUUUUCAUCGUGGACGGACGUGUAACCAUUGAAAAGGCAAAUUCUCAGUUGCAAUUAGGCGCAGGAGAUCUCUAUGGAGAGGAACUUCUAGUUUCGCCAUUGUGGACUUCCUCUGGUGAUGCAAAACCCAUAAAUGAGUCUGUUCGGGCCAUUGAUGAUGUUCAAGCCCUUGUUCUCUCUGCCACAGACAUGGCGACCUUGGGCUUUAGUUCCAGGCGGUCUAUCAACGAGUUGCGCAUGGUGGUAACUAUUCUUCAGAAAGUGCCAAAACUUGAAACUAUGGAUAAACAAGUAUUGAAAGCAAUGUCUCAUCAUCUUUCUCUGGUUAGCUAUAAACAUGACGACUAUAUUGUUCGAGAGAACCAACCAGUUAGUAUGAUGUUCUUCGUCACGAGGGGAGAGGUAACAAAAAAUGAGAACCCUCUCGAAGAAAAUUUUAUUGGAGAAGAACUUCUUGAGUGGGUACUGGAUAAGUCUUUUCCUACCAUAUUACCCUUGUCGACCUGCACUGUUAGAGUAGUCUCAAAUGAUGCUGAAGUCCUCAUUUUGAAGGCUAGGAUCUUGAAGAGUGUAGUCUCUAAGUUCAUGAAGCAUUUCAGCGAUUUCGCCUCUCCCUCAGAUAUUCGGUUGACGUGGCUAAAAAAAGUGGAAAUCUUUCAAAACAUGGAGGAACAAGUGUUAGAAGCAAUCUUGCAGUGUCUUAAGCCCAUGAACUUCAAUGUUGCCAAGCGCCAUAUUCUUCAAGAGAAAAAACCACUUAAAAUGAUGUUCUUCGUCAUCCGAGGAGUUGUAUUAAUUGAAAGCGAUAGUGCUAUGGACGUGAACAUUAAAAAAACCUGUGAAAUAGGAAGUUUCUAUGGAGAAGAACUUGUACAUUGGGUUACAACUUGGGUAUCACACAAGUCCCUUCCUCCCAAACUACCUUUAUCACCUUGUUCCGCGCUAUGCGGCGUGCUUGGUGGUCCUGUCGAAAUCCUUGCUCUCAAAGCCGACGACUUGAAGAGUAUAGUAUCUGAAUUCAGGUCGAAAUUCAGCACGGAAACCGCCUUCCCUACAGAAUCUGAUCAGCCUCGAGAACCGUUGACCAUCCUAAAGAAUGUGGAAAGCCUUGAGACUAUGGAUGAGGAAGUGUUGAAAGAAAUAUGCAAACAUCUUACCGAAAGAACAUAUAAAGAUGAGUACAUUAUUCUGAAGGAUAAACAAAUGGAAAUGAUGUUCUUCAUUGUCAGCGGAGUUGUGUCAGUGACAAACGAGAGCUCCAAACAUUACCGCAGAGAAGGAGAACGUCCAAAUCACAGUGGAGAUGAGCUUAUACAACAUUGGAUGCAAUCUAAAAGUACGAAAGCUAACGUUCCUGCUGAAUUGCCCCCUUCUCCUUUUAGUUUUUGGGCCAUCGGUGAAGUUGAAGUUCUGGUUCUUAAGGCCGAAGACUUGGCAAGGGUUCAGCUUGGUGAUCGAAUUGUAUUUGAUGAUCUUGGUGCCAGGUUCUUGAAGAAAUGGCAAGGAAGAGUGAUGGCACGAUUACUUGUCCAAGGACAGGUUUGCAAUUAA